UACUGCAACCCACCAGUCCAAUUGGUUUUGUGUCAAAACCAGGUUAAUGCAUCUCCUACCUGAUAAAUUGUAAAACCCUUUCCAUUUUUUCAAUUUUGCAGUCAACAUCUACAAUAAAAACUUCGGCCACCUUGUGUGCCAAAAUUGUCCACUGCCGGCCGCACUACAAUCGUCGUCCGUCGAGGGGCUUCUUCAACUCCAUUACACAUUUGUGAAGGUUCUUGAGAAAAAUGGUGACAGCUCCAUUGGCGUCGUUAGCCUCAAAUGGUGAAACAAUUCCCCUUGUUGGGUUGGGAACAGCUGAAUUUCCUUUCAACUCAACUCGUGACACCGCAAAACAACCUGCUCUCCAUGCAAUUCAACUUGGCUACAGACAUUUUGAUACAGCUGCACUCUACGGCACCGAGCAAGCUCUUGGCGAAGCCAUAGCUGAAGCUUUACGUCUUGGCCUCAUCAAAUCGCGCAAUGAGCUUUUAAUCACUUCAAAGCUUUAGGCCAGCAAUGCUCACAGUGAUCUUGUCCUCCCGGCAAUUAAGAACACUCUCAAGAAUCUGGGUUUGGAUUAUCUUGAUCUUUAUCUCGUUCAUUUCCCAUUCAGAUUGACACCGAACACGGGGUUUCCAUUUGAAAAAAAGGAGAUUCUUCCAAUAGAUUUGGAAUCUGUUUGGAAGGCCAUGGAGGAGUGUCAAAAGCUUGGUCUUACCAAAUCAAUAGGGGUCGGAAACUUUUCGGUCAAGAAGCUUGAGAAAUUACUAGCCACCGCUAAAAUCCCUCCUGCUGUUGAUCAAGUGGAGAUGAAUCCGGUUUGGCAGCAAAAGAAGCUGAGAGAGUUCUGUAAGAAAAAGGGUAUUCAUAUAACAGCUUACUCGCCAUUGGGAGCCAAGGGAACUCCUUGGGGAACUGAUCGUGUCUUGGACUCUGAAGUGCUCAAAGAGAUUGCUAGCAGUAGAGGGAAGUCAGCUGCUCAGGUUUCUCUAAGAUGGGUUCACGAGCAAGGAGCAAGUUUAGUUGUAAAGAGCUUUGAUGAAGGAAGAAUGAAAGAGAACCUGGAUAUCUUUGACUGGAAGUUAAGUGAAGAAGAGCUACACAAGAUAACGCAUAUUCCACAAGUAAGAGGAAAUCCUGCUGAUUUUGUAGUAUCAGAAGAAGGUCCUUACAAGUCCAUUGAGGAGUUUUGGGAUGGAGAAAUCUAGUAUUGCACUAUAUCAUGUCAAUCUUAUCAUCAUUUAAUUACAUAAUUAAUAUGAUUAAUGGUUUCAAAUUCAAAAUUGAAUAAUUUGACUUGUAAUGAAAUACCCGUAUUUUUUUUUUCAUAAUAUAAUUUGAAUAAUUUGAUUUGAUUCCAUAAUAUUAUUGUCUUUGAAUUCUCCACGUAAUGAGAGGUGCAUAGGUGGC